AUCAUUCACAACACCUUCUUUAUUAUUAGCAAUCUUAGAAUCUUUAUUAGAAAGAAGAUUUUUAAAUUUGAAUGGUAUGUCACUUGAUCUUCAUCCUACAAUUUGUUUUUCUAAUAGUUGACUUUUUUCUCGUCGGUGUAGAUCCGAUUAGAACAUCCAGAACAACUCAAUCUCGUGAAAAAUGUUUAAAAAUCUUACUUACAAUCCUAGAUGAAUCAUUAGAUUAUGAACUAGAUCAAUGGUCAUCAAGUUCUAUUAAUUUAACCAAACUAAAUCAAAACCAAACCCACGAAUUGAUAAAGUUAGUUAAUGGUUUGAUCAAACUUUCAAUCAAAUGUAAUAAUCCAUCAAUCGGAUUGAUAGAACCUUCAAUUCAAUCUGAUCAUCAAAUCACAUUUGACAAUUCUAUUUCAACUGAAUUGAAUCCCAUCAAAUAUAAACCUAAUAAAACAAGUCUACCUACCAGUACCGCUACUCUUACCACUCAACUUGCUUCAUCCUUGUCUUCAAAUGCUUCAUCUUAUUCGACAUUCAAGCCCACCCGAAUGAAUUUCAAAUCAAAUUUCAGCUCACCCAUCGCAUCCCCACUAUCCCAAUCCUCACCAAACCAUCAACGAGCAGGAUCAUCAACAACAAGUACACUAAGAAGAUCAUUAAAUUAAAGAAUUUAUUAGAACCACUACAAGCUCAAUUAAAAAGACCUCAAACGCCUCGUAAUUAGAUGGAAUAGAUGAUGAUGAUCCAUUUGUUUCGAUUGAAACUCGUAAAGUAACUUGAAUUUUAACCCUUCAAAACCUUUUAUACGUUUUACUUCUUCUACAUCCUCCGUGACUUCAAAUCAAACACCUUUCUAUGAAGAUACAUAUUCUCCCAAGAUUUUAUUAGCAUCAAAUGGAGCGAAACUAUCAUUAAUCGAAUCCGAUAUUAACAAAUUCGAAAACUCAAAUCAAUCCAUCGAAAUCAAUUCAGAUUGGAUUACUGAAACUUCUUUACAAAAUGAAAAAGCAGUAGAAGCAGAAGCAGAAGUUGGAGUUCGGAUUAGAGUUUCAAGAUUAGAAACUUGGAUUGAAAAUUUAAAUGGAAAAGACAAAUUCAAAGAAAAGAUUGGGUUAGGUAGAAAAAAGUUUGAUAGGAUUUGUGAUGAUGAAGCAGAAGCAGAAGACGAAGAAGAAGAUUGGAUUUAAAUGUUAAGGAUUUUGGGGUCUUGU